CUGUCAGUGUGGUGCAAUUCCGAUUCUCUCCGAAGCUCCUCUGUACCCUACUCAUAUACCGUGGAGCACUUCACGCUGUGUCAUGAUGGUUCCUCGUGUGUAGUCAGUCACACCGUUCUUCUCCAUCAUCAUCCGUUCCAUCAUUCUGUCUGGUGUUGUGCACGAGUGCAGACACUACUUUGUCACUCUCCUCCACCUUUGCGUUUUUGUGUGUAGAGCCCUAGUCGCAGUCCCCAAGGUGCGUUGUGCCUAUACUUCCAAUCCGGUGGUUUUGCAACGAUCCCCGCGUCUCUAAGUGCGACCCAAGUUGCCAAAACGCGCUUGCGGUCAAUCGGUGGUGCAUUACAGUGAUAUCACUUAGCCUCCCCCGUCGCUGGAUAGUUUGGAUAGAUUGCAGCCCAGCCCCGACCAUCAACCACCGAGAGGAUUGGGUGUCGUGUGAAGUGCGAGUUGUGUCGCGCGCUGUCUUGCGUGAUUCCUAGAAGAUCCUUUCCCGCGGCGCGAUCGUUCUCCAGAAAACCGGGCGUAUAUGUGCGAUCAGGCCAAACCUCGGAAGAAAAAGGAAAAAUUCCAGUACAAUAAAUCGAUUAUGGCAGCUACCAGCGUUGUGGUGCUAGAUCGUGGCAACAAUACAACCUGCACCAUCAAUUUGCACGGUGCAACCGUGGUAUCUUGGCGUGUUAACAAUCAAGAGCAGCUUUUCGUCAGUAAACUAGCCGUAUUCGAUGGCAAAAAGGCGAUACGAGGAGGCAUACCAUUCGUAUUUCCACAAUUCGGGCCCUGGAACUUCGGACCACAACACGGUUUCGGCCGAGUAGUGCGAUGGACGCUAGAACGAGCGCCGGAACGUCUACCCAGCGGGGACGUGGAAGCAGUUUUCAGCCUAAUGGACAACGAAAUCACACGAUCGAUGUGGAAUUAUCCUUUCCGCAUAACGUACCGAUUGAUCCUCCGGGAGAAGGAACUUCACUUUCACAUCGGUGUGUACAAUCCCAGCAAAGACCUAACGUUUUCCUUCAACAUGCUGCUGCACACAUACCUGAAGGUGCCGGACGUGCGACGGUGCCAGAUAACCGGUCUACACGGCUGUACUUUUAUCGAUAAAACUAGAGACGGUGCUAUCUACCAGGAAGGUCGUGACGUAGUGACAAUCAACGAAUGGACGGAUCGAAUUUACCAGCACACGCCUCAGGAACAUAUAAUCACGAACGUCGUGUCUGGCAGGAAGAUGCGGUUGCAAAAGUACAACUUCCCCGAUACAGUUGUGUGGAACCCCUGGAUGGACAAAGCCCGGGAAUGUCAAGAUUUUGGUGAUGAUGAGUACCCGAACAUGAUAUGCGUCGAGGCUGGCCACGUGUCCACACCGGUUAUCCUUCUGCCGGGUACCGCGUUCGAGGCAAGCCAGAUACUUCAGGUCAUGUGAGUAGAAACCCAGGGAGGUGCUGUGACCCGCAGUAAAGGUUCCUCCCGAGCGAAAUCCAAGAAAAAGCAACAACAGCAAAACCAGCAACAAAAUCAAAAUCAAGCCAAUCAAAACAAUCCUCCCGCUCA